AAUGACUUGGAAUGACUUGAAAGUCUGUUUUUUUACUCUAUUACAGGGGGUCAAGAAACCUUUUGAAGAGGUCAUUAAAGCAAACAUCGGAGAUACUCACGCUAUGGGGCAACGGCCAAUCACCUUUUUUCGACAGGUGAUGGCGUUGUGUUGUUAUCCACUACUACUUGAUGACAACAAGUUUCCAGAAGAUGCCAAAAAUCGAGCGCGGCGUAUUUUGCAAUCAUGUGGAGGAAACAGCAUCGGUGCGUACACAACCAGUCAGGGCAUUGACUGUGUGAGGCACGAUGUUGCAAACUACAUACAGCGUCGUGACGGUGGUAUUCCGUCUGAUCCUGAUAACAUCUACCUCACGACAGGAGCCAGUGACGGCAUUGUGACCAUACUAAAGCUGUUGACCACUGGGGAAGGUCGUACACGGACAGGGGUCAUGAUCUCUAUUCCUCAGUACCCUCUUUACUCUGCAUCUAUAGCAGAGCUGGGUGCUGUUCAGGUCAAUUACUACUUGAAUGAGGAGAAGUGCUGGAGUCUAGAUAUUAGUGAGCUACAGCGCUCUCUACAGGAAGCCAGGGAGCAUUGCAACCCCAGUGUACUGUGCAUCAUCAACCCCGGCAACCCCACUGGUCAGGUGCAAAGCAGACAAUGUAUUGAAGAUGUAAUCCAAUUUGCAGCCAAAGAAAACCUCUUCCUAAUGGCUGAUGAGGUGUAUCAGGAUAAUGUGUAUGCAGAGGGCUGUGAGUUUCACUCCUUCAAGAAAGUGCUGUUCGAGAUGGGUCCAGAGUAUUCAAGCAAAGUAGAGCUGGCAUCAUUCCACUCCACCUCGAAGUGCUACAUGGGAGAAUGUGGUUUUCGAGGAGGAUACAUGGAGGUCAUCAACAUGGACCCAGAGGUGAAGGCUCAGCUCACCAAGCUGGUAUCAGUGCGUUUGUGCCCGCCUGCACCUGGACAAGCCCUCAUGGAUCUGGUUGUCAACUCCCCUCAGCCUGGAGAACCCUCCCACCAAACCUUCAUGAAGGUGCCUUUUAUCUUUCCAUAUUGUAGAUUUUUUUUUUACCACAGCGAGUAGACAAACUAACAUGGUGGUGUACGACUUUGGUUAUAGGAAAAGUUAUUUUCAAGACACUGGGUCUCAUUCACUAGUAAUUGUGUGUAUUAAUGUGCACAUGAGAAAAAUGUCCACGUGUGAAUUUCUUCUUAACGUCUGAUGUUAAUGAAUUUGGGAGUAUUUCAAAUGAGCGACCACAUGCUUGAGGUUUUUCACUUUCAUAAAACACGCCAAAAUCACAGGAACUGGCCAGACUUUUGAAUGGUAGUGUAUCACAGUUUCCACAAAAGUUUUAAGCAGUUUUCAAAAUUGAUAAUCCUAAGAAAUAAUUCCUUAGCAUACUUCUGCAUAUUCCCAUG